AUGGACGGCUCGGACCUGGGCCUCUGCGACACGGCCUCCCACGGCGACGCGCCGGCGUCCGCGCCUGAGGACCGCCGUCGUGCCUGCGGGAGAGGAGCUGGCUUCGUCCACGCCUGCCCCGGGAGUCGUGUCGCGACCUGGGCGGCUCCGACCGGGUCUUCCACGAACGGCGCGGCGACCGGAUCUGCGACGGAGCGGCACGGGCCAAGGACGGCGGGGGCUUGCGGCCGGCGCUUCGCCGUUAGCCAGCUCAUAGGAACUGUUGUUCUUGUAGAUCUGCUACGUACCAGCAGGGCAGACACGCGCAGGUCCUCAGGCUCUCCUCUCGGUCUCUUCUGCAGCUAUUCGAGAUGGGGGACAUACUCAUACCUAGCCUUAUGGUUGGAGACUGCUCUCAUAGCUUGUGUGUGCGUGCCUCUAGGCUUUGGGAAUUCCUUGAUCCUCAGGAUGACAGUAGGCUCCUGCAUACUGAUCUUGUUUUGCUUGAUGAAGAGCAUACAUGCCCAGAUCUAUCCUCCGUUAUGCCAACAGUUCAGUGCGCUGCUUGAUGAGGGAGCGGUAUACAACCUGAAGUAUUUCUUAGUCAGGAAAGCUAACAGGUUCUACAAACCGGUUGAAAACUGCAACAUGAUCAGCUUUACAAAGUGGACUACGGUUGAAGUUGUCCUCCAGAUCCCCCCUGCUUUUCCAGUUUGCACAUAUAACCUCACUCCCAUAGAACAACUCCAAGCGCGUGUGGACUACAAGGAAUAUUUCACAGAUGUGGUCGGUGUUGUCAGUGUGAUCUCCCAUGUUUCAUCGCUGCGCACAAGGGGACGAUAGGCUGAGGUUAUGAAGAGAACAGUCACUAUAAGCA